UCAAAACCCUUGGGAAUUAAUAAAUCGACACCUGUUAACCAGAUGUGAGUGGAUAUGCUUUCCCUUUGCAGGCAAUUAAAAUACUUUGCAUCCUGUUAACACCACUAGAAAGGUUUCUUCCUCGUCGUACAAUUUCAUGGCGUUCGGUGUUGGCCCAGUUGUUUUGUAGAAACAGUGAUCGAGAACCCUUGCUGUGAUUUCGUUGCUGUGGAAACGUAAUCUCAUCGAAGCAUCUGCGCCCACCUGCAGUCGUUGCAUGUGAACAAGAUUAUGAGAAGAAGUUAGCGAUAUGUCGUCAAUAGCUUCAUCGUUUACUGCGGAUAGUGAGCCGUGUAAUGUAAAGGCUUCAGGAGAUCCUCGUGAAUUUCGAAUUCUAAUUGCGUCGGACAUCCAUCUCGGUUACCAGGAUCGUUCAAGUGAACGUCGACUCGAUUCUCUGAAUGCGUUUGAAGAAUUACUCAAAAUAGGAGUCGAAAAACAAGCGCAUUUCGUACUAUUUGCUGGCGAUUUAUUCCACGUCAACGAUCCACCAAAGUGGGUGGUCAAAGAAUCAAUGAGAUUGCUACGAAAGUACUGCCUCGGUGACAGAGAUAUUGAUUUUCGGCUUACAUCGGAUCAAAGCAGAAACUUCGCCGAUUCAGACGUUCCUAUAGUGAAUUACGAAGAUCCAAAUAUUAACGUAAGCCUGCCUGUCUUUACGAUUCAUGGGAACCAUGAUGAUCCUGUUGGCGUACAGCAUGAAAGCGUUGUGAAAAUCCUCUCCACCGCUGGACUUCUCAACUAUUUUGGCCGAAUCAAUGACCUUAGCAGUAUCGAACUUGAACCAUUGUUGUUCGAACGGGCGCGUACUAAGAUAGCAGUUUAUGGGCUUGGGUCGGUCAGAGACGAACGUUUGAACACACUAUUUCGAGAAGGACGAGUUCGCUUUCGCUGGCCGGAAAACUCCGAACGUUGGUUUAAGAUUCUGCUAGUGCAUCAGAAUCGGGUAAAGCGCGGGGCUGGAAACUAUUUACCGGAAAGUUUUCUGCCCGCUGAGCUAGACCUAGUCGUGUGGGGUCACGAACACGAGUGCCUUAUCAAACAGCAAUUUAAUGGCCAGUUUCAUGUCGUGCAGCCCGGAAGCACCGUGGCUACUUCGUUAUGUCCCGGUGAAGUGGCUGCCAAACACGUUGGAAUACUCCGUGUGCAGUACAAUAAAGCUGACAAGAUGGCUAAGUUUGACCUCGAACCCGUUAGGCUCUUGAGCGUACGCCAACUAUUCGUCGAAGAUGUGUCAUUAUCGGAUAUGCCGAAAGGACCUGGCAGUAGACUGGACCGUACUGUCCAUUUUCUACAAGAUAAGAUCGAGGACAUCGUUGAGAAAGCGGUGGGUCUACGAACUGGCCAUCCGAAACAGCCACUCAAGCCACUAGUCAGAUUACGGGUGCUUUACGGGCCCGACCACGAAACCUUUCUGCCGCACUUGGUUGGAAGGCACUUCAAGGACAAAAUUGCCAAUCCCGGUGAGUGUCUCAUCUUCACACGUGACAAAGCUUCAUGGAACCGUGAACGUAUUACGGGUCAAGUUGAUGAGGAAAAAUUUAUGGACGCCAUUGAAGAGCAGAAGAACAGUCAUGCUAAAAUUGAAGAUAUGAUCAAUAUGUAUCUUAAAAGUACCACUGCAGAAAAUACCCGGCUACAUGUUGUCCACGAGGACGCCUUUACUAAAGCUAUCCAACUCUCCAUCGAAAAGGGUAACCCCAAGGAUCUCAUUCAUAAGUUGCUUGAUUCAUCUAAAAAGCGUCUUCGCCAGCGGCUGGAACGGACAGAGGAUGCCGUGGAUGAGGUAAGCAUGAUGCAGUGCAUUACCGAAUGUAAGCUGGAGAAAAACGAUGAUCUCGACACCGAUGUACGUGCGAUUAUCAAAGAGUUGGAUAGCUUGCCUGGCAACGUUAAGGUCGAGCAGUAUAUUGACGAUACUGAAGAAGACGGAAUGCCCCCACCUGCACAUGCAUCAUCAGGCCGCGGCAGAGGUCGAGGUCGAGGACGCGGCAGAGGAACAGCAUCUACCCGAGUUGUUAAGGACGAACCUGCCUCUGUUAUUGAAAAUAGUGACGAGGAUGACGAUGCCUUUGUGAAGAAAACAAAUUUCCAAGGCAUAGGGCGUGGCAAGGGACGCGGAGCUGCUUCAUCCAGGAAGAAGGAGGAAAUUAUUGAGGACAGUGAUGACGACGAAGACGAUUUCAGGAGCUUUAUUGAUAGCACAAGAAAACGUGGCUGUAGUGAUACUAAUAAUGGGCAGCUUCCGGCGACAAAAAACACUGGUAGGGGUCGACAAGCAACAAUAGAUAGUUUUACCAGUGCUACAUCUUCGAAACGGACACCGAAAAAGCGGGCACCCAGUUUAUCUCCAGACGACGAUGACGGUGACUUGGGAUCCGCAAGUGUAAUUUCGUCAUCGCUUCCGUCAUCUGCGGCUGGUCGUAUUACGAGCCAGAGUCGAUCGCAGCGUCAGCCAGCGGCGAAAAAAAGUAAAAAACAAGACGUCGUAGAUCUAUUUGACGGAUUCGACUAGAUGUGUAACACGCGUACCUAAAA